AUGUCUGCGGUUGGUGUUGGAGACGACGAUGAUUUGGGGGAGUCGGACUUCGAGUCGGACAUAUCAGUCGAUUCUCUCGAUUCCGACUCCGAGUCCGACUCCCAGGAAGAGAUAAGCGGCAGGGGCCAAACCGAGGAGUGCGGCCCUGUCAACCCUCCAGAUUACCAUGCCCCUCCUAUAUGCUAUUUCAACCAGCAACUCAGAGGAGGGGAUGGAGGUGUUGAUUUGUUCGACCUGCUGGUCAGGGAGACAAACAGGUAUGCUGAGCAGUACCUGCAGGGCCGCACUCUAUCACCGCAGAGCAGGGCUCGGGCGUGGAGACCCGUUGACCGGGAAGAAAUGCGGGCAUUUCUUGGACUCUUGUUGGCCAUGGGUGUCGUCAGGAAGCCAACCAUCGCUUCCUACUGGAAUGAGGGGGACAAGAACUGGCUGGCAUCAACACCUUCCUUCGGGGGGAUUAUGCCGAGGAAUCGCUUCCAAGUCAUCAUGCGGUUCCUCCACUGCAACGACAACUCCCACAAGAUCAGGCCGGUUCUUGAUCUUGUGAAUGGAUCAUUCGCAAACUCUCAUGGGCUGGCCCAGAGUGUUUGCGUUGAUGAAAGGAUGGUUGGCUUCAAAGGGCGACAUCACCUUGUACAAUACAUGGCCAACAAGAAAGCACACAGAUUGGGGGUGAAGUUGUGGAUCCUUGCCGAGGCGGGUACUGGCUACACCCAUCAAGUUCGUAUCUACAAGGGCCGGAACCUUGGAGGACCACCGCCCAAGGAAGCUCUUGGGCAUAGUGUGGUCAUGGACUUGAUGGAACCGCAUCUCGACAAGGGCCACCACAUCAUCUGCGACAACUACUUCAGCAGUCCGUCUCUCUGCCAUGCUCUAUUUGACAGGGGGACAUUCUGCACAGGAGUUGUCGCCGUCCGAAGAAAGGGAGUGCCGAGCUCUUUCGUUGGGAAAAGACCAACUAGGGGUUCGACAAUUGUGAGAAGACAGGGUCCACUGCUGGCAGUGCUCUUUUCAGACAGGAAGGUCUUCACAAUCCUUUCUACCAUGGGUAGUCCAAGAAUGGAGGAUGGGCUUAACUCACGGGGCCGGUCUGUCACUCUCCCCUCAGUCGUUAGACUGUACAACACCCUAAUGGGGGGAGUUGACCUUGGGGAUCAACUCAUUGGUGUCUAUGAUCCCCAAGUCCGCUCCGUGAAGCUGUGGAAGAAAGUUUUAAUCAACUUUCUUCUCACAGCAUCAAUUAAUGCCUAUCAGACAUUCUUGAACACCCAUGGUAGAACGACCUCCCGUCUGGACUUCCACAUGUCCCUUCUCCACUCACUCGUCGGGAACACUCAGGUGAAGAGGAGGACUGGCAGGCCCAGGACCCAGCCUCCUUCCCGACGACUGACUGGACGUCACUUCAUAGAAGUGCUGCCUGAAGGGAAGAGGAAACAGUGUGUUCUCUGCAGAAAGAGACAGAGGGCCAUCGAUGGCUCUGCAGGAAAGGUCAGGACCUGGUGUCCUGACUGCCACGUUGGCCUCUGUGCACGCUGUUUCCGUCAGUAUCACACAGCUGAUCACAUUGAAGAGUGAAAGGCUGUGUGUACUGGCAUAUGAUGGAACAUGACUCAUGUUCCAUCAUAUCAACCCUUCAAGCAGUUUCCCCAUCUGUGUGCUUCAUUGU